CCGGAAAGAGCCGAAAGUGCCGAAGAGACCCGAGAAUGACCCGAGAAGCCCAGGCCGGCCGGAAGCAGAGCCGAGCGCGGCCGGAAGGAGCCGAGCUCUUCCGAAGAGGGCCGAGCGCGGCUGGGCGUUGGGACCGGGCCGAGCCCGCGGAAUGGCGGCGGAGGGGGCAGCUGUGGCCGGAGGUGGGGCCGUCGGGGGCCGCCCGGUCAGGGACCUCUUGGGGCCGUCCAAAUGCCCGGACGCGGCCUCGAACCGGCGUCGCACCCCGAUGCUGUCGCGUGACGCCGAGCGUCGAGCAUUCCAGUGGUGCCGGGAGCACCUGGGAGGGGCCUGGCGCCAAGUGCGGCCCGAGGAGCUGAGGGUUAACCCCGUGAGCGGGGGCCUCAGUAACCUGCUUUUCCGCUGCUCGCUCCCUGACCACCUACCCAGCGUCAGCGAGGAGCCCCGGGAGGUGCUGCUUCGGCUGUACGGGGCCAUUCUGCAGGUGAGGAGGGAACGAGGGCCAGCGCCCCACGCCUUAGGACCUCUCCGUUGUGCCGAUGGGAAACUGAGGCUGGGGGCUGAUAGCUUCGGAAAGGAAGGCCCAACAGGGGAGGGAGGAGAGACCAGGCCCUCGGCUCCCUUGCUGUCCAUCUUCCUCCAGGGUGUGGACUCCUUGGUCCUUGAAAGCGUGAUGUUCGCCAUCCUUGCCGAGCGGUCCCUGGGGCCCCAGCUCUUCGGAGUCUUUCCAGAGGGCCGGCUGGAACAGUACAUCCCAAGCCGGUCCCUGAAAACUCGAGAGCUGCGUGAGCCAGUGUUGUCGGCAGCCAUUGCCACGAAGAUGGCCCAGUUCCAUGGCAUGGAGAUGCCUUUCACCAAAGAGCCCCACUGGCUGUUUGGGACCAUGGAGCGGUACCUAAAGCAGAUCCAGGACCUGCCCCCCAGUGGCCUGCCCCAGGUGAACCUGCUGGAGAUGUACGGCCUAAAGGAAGAGAUGGGCAACCUCAGGAAGUUGCUAGACUGCACCCCAUCACCAGUGGUCUUCUGCCACAACGAUAUCCAGGAAGGGAACAUCUUGCUGCUCUCUGAGGCAGGAAGUGCUGACAGUCUCAUGCUGGUGGACUUCGAGUACAGCGGCUACAACUACCGGGGUUUUGACAUCGGGAACCACUUUUGCGAGUGGGUUUAUGAUUACACUCACGAGGAGUGGCCUUUCUACAAAGCGCAGCCGGCAGACUACCCCAGCCGGGGACAGCAGCUCCAUUUUAUUCGCCAUUACCUGGCAGAGGUGAAGAAAGGUGAGACCCCCUCCCAAGAGGAGCAGAGGAAGCUGGAAGAGGACUUGCUGGCGGAGGUCAACCGGUAUGCUCUGGCAUCUCAUUUCUUCUGGGGUCUCUGGUCCAUCCUCCAGGCUUCCAUGUCCACCAUUGAGUUUGGUUACAUGGAGUAUGCCCAGUCUCGCUUCCAGUUCUACUUCCAGCAGAAGGGGCAGCUGACCCACUUCCGCCCCUCGUCCUGAUUCUCCCCAUUCCUCGGAUCCCCCUGAGCCUCCAGGCUGGACCUUGGAGGGGAGGGGCAAAGAGGCCUGGGGAGGGCUGAGCCCCCACAAGAGAGUGGUUCGAGGAGGCCGCCUGGGGUCGCGCCUGGGCAGGGAGCCCCUACCUGUGUACCUGCAGACAAUAAAGAGCUUCUCCCCUC